UUGCACGUUGUAAAUGCAGUGUCAGCGACUCUACGUGGCGACGAUGGAAGCCGGAGGAAGGCGGAUUGGCGGAACGCGGAGAGCUCGAGGAGGAGCUGAUUUUAUCCGGGCCACGACACGUCCACGGAAUCCACGUGUAGCCCGUCACUGGUGCAAACACACGGGGCAGUGCUGCUCUCCUCAGAUUCAGCCGGGGUGGGUUUCAUCAUGGAGCGACCGCUAACAGCCGCUGCGAGAGGUGUGCCAAAGCGAUCCAGUGGAGCAGUUAAUAUGAUCACAACACGGCUUCUGUUCUUGCUCAUCCUUCCUUCACUGGGUCUGUGUGCUCCACAAGCCCAGAAAACACUCAGCGAUGGCAUCGUUGCACCAGACCUGGCUAAUCCUUUUGGGUCCAGCGAAGAAAACCGCAGGCUCCUGCAAAGCUACAUCAAGAGCAGCGUAAAGGAAGGACAGAGCAGUCCAGAGCUGAACACCAGGGAACAAGAAGUGUUCUUCCUUUUCUCCUUGUAUGACUAUGAUAGAAGUGGGCAGAUGGAUGGGCUUGAACUGAUGCAACUUCUAACAGAUUUCCUGACUUAUCAUGAAGUUAUGCCAAAGUCAACAGAUUCUGUUGUAUCUUUGGUGGAUUACCUGCUACAAGCUCAGGAUCUGAACCUGGAUGGACUACUGGCUCCUUCAGAGCUGUUAUCAUCAUCCACGAUUGACCAACAGCAAGAAAGCAAUAUUGUGCUCCCUGAUCCACCAGCUGACGAGGCCUUAAAACAAGAGCGAACACAUACGAAACCAGAGGAUGGAGAUGCAGAAGUCAACCAAGAGUCUGAACAUGAGAAUGAGACAAAAGACCCAGUUAAAGAACACCACACGCAGGAAGAGAAGCCUGUAGAUCACCAGACACCUGAAAAGCUUGAAGAACAGGAUGACUAGCUGCUGCCUUCAGAAGAGCAGGAGCUGCAAGAUGAUCAUCAGGAGCAGAAGAACAUGCCAGUCCAUCAGGAGCAACCAGAGAUGUAAUGCCAAAUUAAGCAUGAAGUGCAACUUUUGACUGAUUUUCUUUUUUUUAAAGACAUCUCAAACAGAUACAUAUCAGCCAUACAUAGGAAACCCCUCUCCUGCUACAUAUACAGUACUAUGACCAACACAUCAUUUAUUGCUGGAUACUAAAGGUUGUUUUGAAGGUCUAAAAACAUGUUAAUGAUAUUAGCAUCAUUGUACAGUUUAUUGUGAAACCACUAAACUAUACAGAAAUGUCCAGAGAUGUGGAAUCCAGACACACAACCAUCUGAAAUAGUAUCAGUUCAUCUUUUUUUGCACCAUUUAAACUAUGCAAACCUUUAAUUUACUGAAUUUGAUGCAAAAAUCUAGUCACAGCCAAGAUCUAAUAACCAUUAUUAGGGUUUGUAUCCAACUCUUGGCAUAUUUCUAUACUGCACUUUUUGGGGGGGUUAAAUACCUUUGAAUUAAAUAGUUCAAAAUUGA